AUGACGGAGUACGUUACUAUGGAGGCAGUAGAUGCCUCGAAGGGCCUGGCUCAGGUCUUGGAGGAGCUCGGCGUCUCAAGUUUGGAUGGCGACUGUGAUGUGGAUGAGGACGAGGACGAUGCCGAUGCCACCGCCGACAGCCAUGCGCUUGCAGCCGAGAUCCAAGGCUAUCUGUCGCAAGCCGACGACGAUGACGACAUCGAUGAGCCGCCCGAGAUUGACCCAUGGGUGGAGAUGCCAAGCGCGCUGCUCUUCAACUACGAGAUGUUGCAAGGGCUGGUCGAGGAGGACGUCUUGGAUGCUUUCCUCCUCAAUACCAGCGACGAACGCCGGUUGAGCGACUCAGCUGAAGCGAUACACUUGUACGGCAUAGAAGGUCCGAGGCUUGGCCUAGUGACCUAG